AGCACUUCCAGAGGCUUCAGCAGCAAAUCACAAGCUGUGGAUGAUACUUUUUCACCUUCUAUAAACUCAGCUAACACUUUUAGUGUAUUAUUUGCUUAUUGUCCAAUACACGAUCAAGAAAGUAUCAACACAUUGCUAUUCAUUAAUUUGGCAUCUGAUGGACCUCACAGUAACUCACAAAGAAACCCACAAAGAGACCAGAGACAAUGAUGACGACAAGCAGGUGGUUGCAGAGAUCAUGGCAAGAAGCUUUAUGCCAACUCUGAUAACCACUACCUCUUGGGAAGGCUUUCACUUUGCUGGUCAUGAGAUUCGGAUUACUGAAGGCAAAGAUUGUUAUGGUGCAUUUGUCUGGCCGUCGGCCCUUGUUCUAUGCUAUUUUCUGGAAACACAUGCCAAGCAAUAUAACAUGGUUGAUAAAAAUGUGAUUGAAAUUGGAGCUGGGACAGGGCUUGUCUCCAUUGUGGCAAGCUUACUUGGUGCUCGUGUGAUUGCUACAGACUUACCUGAAUUACUAGGAAACCUGCAAUAUAAUAUUUCCAGAAACACCAAAAUGAAAUGCAAGCAUUUGCCUCAGGUCAAAGAACUAUCCUGGGGAGUAGCAUUAGACAGGAAUUUCCCCAGGUCUUCUAAUAACUUCGAUUACAUCCUGGCAGCAGACGUUGUCUAUGCCCAUCCGUUCCUGGAGGAGCUUCUCAUGACCUUUGACCAUCUCUGCAAAGAAACUACCAUUAUCCUCUGGGCUAUGAGAUUCAGGCUGGAGAAAGAAAAUAAAUUUGUAGAUAAAUUUAAGGAACUGUUUGACCUGGAAGAAAUUUCCAAUUUCCCUAGCCUAAAUAUUAAGUUGUACAAGGCUAUGAAGAAAAAUCGGAGGAGUGCAUAAUGCAUCAUGACUGUGAAUGAGGACAUGAGCGUGCCAAGGUAGUUUCUAGUAAACCAUUACUUUAAAGAACACACACACACACACCCUACUGUGAGAGUAAAAAGUGACUCUAAACUUACUUUAUUGUAGGCAAGGAUUUUUAGAUACACACAGUAGGUGUAGGAUUAAGAUAAUUUGUUCCCAAUCUGUCUGUUCUGUUACAUUCAGCAACACCACACUAUUCUCAUGGCGUUGAACUUGAAAUCUUACCUCAGCCUCCUUAAGUGUUAGCACUACAGGUAUGUACCUACCACACCUAUCCAUGUUGUUAAUCCUCUAAAUGUAGGUUUGAAUGAUUUCUGUACUUAAAAGAAAUCAAUAAAGUGGCUAUAGUGCAAAUAAAUCUGAAGAGGCAGAUGUAUGAUGUAAGGGUUAGUGCUAGAUGUUGGUGGUUCCCCACCAGUCAGAUUUAGAGGGAAAAGGCAGAUGUAUGAUGUAUCGGUUAGUGUUAGAUGUUGGUGGUCCCCACCAGUCAGAGUUUAGAGGGAAAAGGCAGAUGUAUGAUGUACCGGUUAGUGCUAGAUGUUGGUGGUCCCCACCAGUCGGAGUUUAGAGGUGGGCUACCAUCUCUGUUUUGCAGUUUGUACCUCUGGCAUAACUACUGAAUAAAUCAAACAUGUGGUUCUGAGGUUUCAGGCAAGAGUAUCUUCCUCUAAUAGAUUUUUUAAAAUGUGGAUGGAAAGAGCACAAAGACUGUUAGACAGCUGAGGUCAGUUCUUCAAAACAAAAUAGAUACUCAGAAAAAAAUAACAAAUAUAUACUAAAAAAAAUAAAUAAAUAAGAUGUACCUCUCUUAACACUGUCUCUAGACUUUCUAGCCAUGGUAGAGAUAUCAGAGAAGGCUUGGGUGGAAGAAGGAGCACUAUAGAGGGAUGAGGGUUGCGCCUUAGGAAGGAAGAACAGCAGUGAAGGAAUCUGUAGGCAAAGGCAGGCUUAUCUACUUGAAGAAGCAUCAAAGUCGUGUGGCAGAGGGGCAGACAGAGAUAUUGGUG